GUUUCCCUGUCCCGUCCAGCCGUCCAGAACGAGCGACAGCCCAGGAACACGGCCCAGGUCAGAGAGGACCAGAUCGAGCAUGAGCUCGAGCAUCCGUUAGUGCCGUCCAGCGCCACGGUCAGUGCCACUCACCCUGCCUUCAGCCCAGGGGCAGGUCACAGGUUCAUGGCCAGUCUCAUGACCGGGGACUCUGGGAACGGUAAAAUGGAUCAGGAGGAACCAGGU